AUGGUUGCUCGUGAGUCGACUGGCUCGCAUGAUAUUGUUGACCAUUCCUCCUCACACCUCAAUACUAAUGGUGGGAAGCGGAACCAAUACCGCAACAAUAAUCGCAACAACAAUGGUGGUCGUGGAGGCAACAAGGGUGGUAGCGACGGUGGAGGUAAGGCUGGAGGUGGUGGUCAAAUGGGGGAUGGCAACAGCCGCGGUGACGGACAACAGCCAGCAGGUCAGCAAUCGCCACCCAAUUCUCCAUGGGCUGGAGGUCAGUCGUGGCCUUGGAUGGCACCGUGGGCUCCCUGGGCUAUACCUCCUUGUCCAUAUCCAUCAAACUCAUGGACAAGGCCCAAUUAUGGACAGCAGCUGAAACAACAGCCUGGUCUGCUUGGGCCCAGACCACAGCAGGCCUACACAGCAGCUCCAUCUCCAACCGACAUUGAGGCUGCAAUGCAUACUCUUGGAAUCACUCCUCCGAAUGCAAAUUGGUACAUGAAUACCGGUGCCACUUCUCAUAUGACAUCCACACAAGGUAACCUCACGUCUUAUUUUAAUAAGAGAAAUAAAUGUGGUAUAAUAGUUGGAAAUGGUCAAUCAAUUCCAAUUCAUGGUUAUGGUCACACUAAAUUAUCUUCACCGUGUCCUCCCUUACAAUUUAUAAACAAUGUCCUUCAUGCCCCUCACCUUGUUAAAAAUUUGGUGUCAGUUAGAAAAUUUACAACUGAUAACUCUGUCUUUGUUGAAUUUGAUCCGUGUGGGUUUACUGUUAAGGAUUUUCAGACGGGGAGACCGGUAAUGAGGUGUGAAAGUCGGGGCGAGUUGUAUCCCAUCACUACUCCAACCACUUCUCCAUCUUCUUUUGCUGUUUUGGCACCAUCUCUUUGGCAUGAUCGUCUGGGUCACCCGAGAAGACCUGUUUUGAACUCUCUUAGGAAGAAUAAUUGA